AUGCGAAAGAUCGAAUCACUGGUUAACUUUUUGCGCGCAGCUCCCAAGCUCGACCCCAACGAGAUUAAGGUGAUCCACCUCCGAGCCACUGGUGGUGAAGUCGGUGCAUCUUCCGCUCUUGCCCCAAAGAUUGGUCCUCUCGGCCUGUCACCCAAGAAGGUGGGAGAAGACAUUGCGAAGGCGACUGGUGACUGGAAAGGACUCCGUGUCACAGUCAAACUCACCAUCCAAAACCGUCAAGCUGCUGUCUCCGUCGUUCCCUCGGCAUCAUCCCUCGUCAUCAAGGCGUUGAAGGAGCCCCCCCGCGACCGCAAGAAGGAGAAGAACAUCAAACACAGCAAGUCGGUUACCCUCGAUGAGAUCAUUGAAAUCGCCCGGACGAUGAGAUUCAAGUCAUUGUCCAAGGAUCUCAAGGGUGGUGUGAAGGAGAUUUUGGGCACCGCAUUCAGUGUUGGCUGCCAGGUCGAUGGAAGAAGUCCCAAGGAUGUUAGUGAUGAUAUUGAGAGUGGAGAGAUUGAGAUUCCGGAGGAGUAA